AUGUUAUGUUUGUGCAUUUUUUCUUCCUUUGCGGUCACCCUGGACUCCGAGACGAAGGCCGCCGCGAACAUCCCCCAGGACGCCCGGUUCUUCGCGUGGUGCUAUCCCGUGGUGGACGUCGGCACGCGGCUGCCGUCGACGGGGGAGGGCACCUUUCUGCAGUACGGCGGCUACCUCUACUUCGACGACAGCCGCGAGGCCAUAGCCACCAACGGUGUGGCGCCCGCGGCUCUGGGAACGCUGGGCCUCAUGUUUGUACGUGUCUGUCACGCCGGUGCCCAAGAGUUCGGCGGAUUCCAGGAGAUCACGCUAAAAGCGCUGUCGGACAAGGGUGCGACACACUUCGCCUGGAUGCGCCCGGAGGAGUUUGCAGACGAGGUUGCGUCAGCGGACGGCUGCUUUGUGUACAAGUUUCGGAGUGGCGGGCCCAAAUACUUCCCCGUGGUUGCGAAGCCAGUGUUCACACCAGAUAUGCUUCAGGAGGAGCUCGACGAGACAGAAGCGUGGGUUGUCAUUCGCACCGCUCUGCCGACGGUUGAGAGGCCGGUUAUUUUUAGCAAGGACAAGUCUUUCAUGGAGAACAUGGAGAACAGCGGAGAUCGCAAUCUUGCGGUGUCGGCGGACAACACAGUGUCGGUCGUAGGCGAUACAGGCUCGCCGAUCAGCUACGCGGAGUGGCAGCAGUGCCAUGAGCCAGCGACGCUUGCAAAACCUUGGAUUAUUCAUGUCGUUUCGCGUCCACCGCCCGCCUUUCCUAGUUAUCGUUGA